UCCUGUCCCCGGCUGGUUUACUGUAAGCAGCAGCUGAAACACACAACAACACUCUCUCUGUCAGCUUUGUGAGCUUUUUAAACAUUAAACCGAUGACUUUAACAACCAGUCAUGUCUGAAGAGGAGAGCAAGGUGUCCGAUGAACUCUUCAAGGAUGUCAAAUUCUACCUGGUGGGGGACAUCGACCAAAAGGUUGUGCAGCUGUUGAAAGCAGGAAAGGGGAAGGAGGUGUCCUAUAAUGCUCUCGCCACUCACAUCAUCGCUGAGGACGGGGACAACCCCGAGGUGGGCGAGUCCAGAGAGGUGUUUGACCUACCUGUGGUCAAGCCGUCCUGGGUCAUCCUCUCCGUCAGAUGUGGAGACCUGCUACCAGUGACUGGAUUCUCUCCAGAGUCGGGACAGAUCUUCUUUGGUGUGACGGCGUGUCUUCCCAGGCUUCCCGAUGACCUGAACACUAUGUGGGCGUAUGUGACCUUCUACGGAGGAGAAUGUCAGCUGAACCUCAACAAGAAGGUCACACACUUAGUGGUGAAGGAGAUGAAGGGGGCCAAGUUCGAGUGUGCUCUGAAACAUCCCAACAUUAAGAUCGUCACCCCGGACUGGAUCACAGACUCUGUUAAAGACAAAAGCAGGAAGGACGAGACGUGCUAUCACCCCAGGCUCACCUACGUGGAGCAAGAGGAGGACGACGAGAGCGAGGCAGAGUCAUACGAGCACUCUGAUGGAAGCUACAGCCCCCGGCGGUCCCGGGCGUCCAGCGGGGGCUCGUCCGGCGAGGAGUCCAGCCCCCGCAGGAGACCUGGACCCAAAAAACUGAACUCUCUCUCCCCAUCCUCCCCUCGUAAACCCGAGCGUCGCAGCGAGCGCAUGUUCGACGACUCCGACGAUGACUCCCCCGCAGAGAAGGAGGGCACCAACCUGAACUGGACCCCAGCUGAGGUCACCACCCCCACCCACCCUGGUCCUACAGGUACAGCCAGACGGCGGGGCGGACCCCCCGGCACCAAGGACCCGGUGACCACUGCAGGAAGUGGACUGAUCAACCUGUGUGCCACUGUGCCUCCUGUACCUGGAACAACCACACCUGCAGAGGCUCGAGCCGCUGCUGCUGUCAGUCACAACGCACAACAAGGCGUUUCAGGUCCAGAGGGACUUCCUGGAUGGAGUCCUGCUGCCAGAACCCUCAGAAACAUCACCAACAACUCAGACAUGCAGCCGACCAAUCGACCUGCUAACGUAGCACAUGUAAGAGACCAGAUCAUCCAGAAUCUCACAGCCAAUCAGACAAAGCCACUGGAGCAGCAGACCAAUCAAAGCCAUGCUCAGACCCUGAACAGUACCACACCGCUCCUCUUCAAUCAGUCCAAACCGGGCAGCCAGCCCCUCACAGCCGAGCAGCAGCAACAGUUAAUGCAACAGCAACAAUCCCACCAGGCUGCUCAGCAACAACAGUUACCACAGCAACCGCAGCAUCCCAUGAUGCACCUGCAGCAACAGCAUCAGAUGAUGCAGCUACAUCACCAACAGCAGCAGCAACAUCAACAGCCACAGCCACAGGUUGCACAACAACAACAACAACAAGGGUUCCCACAGUUGCCCCAACAACAGCAACAGUUUCUGCAGCAGCAGCAACAACAAAUGCACCAACAGCAGAUGUUUUCUCAGCAGCAGCAACAACAACAACAACAACAACAACAACAACAACAACAACAGCAACAGCAACAACAGCAGCAUGCGUUCUCCCAGCAGCAACUGCGUCCCCAGCAGCUCCUCCGGCCGGGUUUACAACAACUACAGCAACAACAGGCACUGCAGCAACAGCUCCAGCAGUUCCAACAGCAGCAACGAAUGCAGAUGUUACAACAACAACAGCAACAACAACAACAACAACAACAACAGAAUCAACAACAGUUACACCAACAGCAUCUACAGCAACAGCAACAGCAGCAGCAGCAACAUUUUCUGCAACAACAGCAACACAUGCAGCAGAUGCAGCAGCAGCAGCAGCAGCUGCAGAACCAGCAGCAGCAGGCUCUGCAGCAGAACCAGCAGAGCCUGCAGCAGCAGCAGACCACUCUGCAGCCUCAGAUCCAGCAGACCCCUCACAUCUCCCAGCUGUUCGGACACGAGCCGGGACAAGACAUUCCUCAGGACGGCUUCCUGCUGGGCUGUGUGUUUGCGAUCGCCGAUUAUCCAGAACAGAUGGCCGACAAACAGCUGUUGAACACCUGGAAGAGGGUGAUCCAGGCCUGUGGAGGAAGUGUAGACCAGACCCUGACCAACCGCUGCACACACCUGCUGUGUGAGAGCCAGGUCAGCAACAUGUAUGUACAGGCUCUCAGGGAGGGGAAACGCUGCGUGACGGCUCACUGGUUAAACACUGUACUGAAGAGGAAGAGGAUGGUUCCUCCUCAUCGGACGUUACACCUGCCCUUUGCCUUCCCACCUGGAGCCAAACCCUGCUCUCAGCACAUCAUCUCUGUGACAGGGUUUGUGGACGCUGACAGAGACGACCUGAAGCUGAUGGCUUACCUGGCCGGAGCGCGGUACACGGGAUACCUGUGUCGCAGUAACACUGUGCUCAUCUGUAAAGAACCUGGAGGGCUGAAGUACGAGAAGGCCAAGGAGUGGAAGAUCCCGUGUGUGAACGCUCAGUGGCUGUGUGACGUCCUGCUGGGAAACUUUGAGGCUCUGAGACAGAUUCAGCACAGCAGAUACUCCGUCUACACCCUCCCAGAACCCCUGGUGCCAAACCCCCAGCUGGUCCAGAACCUGCUCGCUGCGUGGAGAUCUCCCAUCAAAGUGUCUCCUGAAUCUUUGGCCAGUCUGCAGCUGCUUCACAAACAGAGGAUCAGUGACUUGAACCAGCCUGCCAACAAGAAGGCCAGGCUGGAGGAGGUCCAGUCUCCCAGCCAGAAGCUCCCUCCAGAGUCCACACCUCGAGUCAUGUUCACAGGUUUUGAACCCAACCAGGUGCAACAGUACACAAAGAGGUUACACUCGUUAGGAGGCGAGGUGGCAGACAGCGGUCAGAAGGUGACUCACCUGGUGGCCAAUAAGGUGACUCGCACCGUGAAGUUCCUGACCGCCAUGUCUGUGGUCAAACACGUCGUCAGCCCUGAUUGGCUGGAGGAGAGCUGGAGGAGCCACAAGUUCCUCGAUGAACAGGGUUUCUACCUGAGGGAUGCAGAGGCUGAGGUGUUGUUCAGCUUCAGUCUGGAGGAGUCGUUAAAGAGAGCUCACAGCGCGCCCCUGUUCAAGGGUAAAUACUUCUACCUGACCCCAGGUGUGUGUCCCAGUCUGGGCACCAUGAAGUCCAUCCUGGAGAGUGCGGGCGGGAAGCUGCUAUCCAAACAGCCGUCGCACAGGAAGAUCAUGGAGCACAAACAGAACAAGAACCUUCCAGAGAUCAUUUUAAUCUCCUGUGACAACGACCUGCACCUGUGUCGAGAGUACUUCCUGAAGAACAUCGACGUCCACAACGCAGAGUUCAUUCUGACCGGAGUUCUAACCCAGAAAAUCAACUACGACUCGUACAGGUUCACCUGAUGAUGAUGGAGCAGCGUGGACAAUAUAAGGAGGAGGAGUGUACAGCUGUCUGACUUUUCUAUCUUCAGAUUUUUUGUGUUUUUGUAGCUUUUUGUAACCUGUUUGAAUAAAUAAAUAAAUGGAUGAUGUUAUUUUUGUGAAAUGAAUGUUUAAAUUAUGGAGGAUUUUAACCUUUUUCCCUGUUGUUCACAUAGAAUGUGUCAAAGCUUCAGCUGCUUUUUGGAAUAAAAACUUUAUCUGUUUGUGACA